AUGGAGUCGUUUCUUGGAUUGUUCGAUCCUGGAGAAGGAAAGGGAAAAGGCAAGGAAACUUGGGAUCGUUUUGAGCAAGAGGGCAAUGGGUCAUCCGAUUGUGAGAGUUCCAGCAAUGACGAGGAUCAGGAACACAUCGCAUCUGAUGUUGAACAAAGACUUCCUCCUGAACCAGAACAAGGAAAUAUUGAGUAUAAAUUAAAGCUCGUGAACCCCUCAAGCCAGAGAUUUGAGCAUCUGGUUACACAAAUGAAAUGGAGACUUCGGGAAGGACAUGGGGAAGCAAUUUAUCAAAUUGUCCAGUUUCACUUAGAAUACCAACCUUAUCAGUUUAAUGACUACCGAUUAGGAGUCGAAGACAAUGGCAGACUGGCAGGUCUGUCAAGGGAGGAAAUGAAGGCUUCACUCAAAACCUUAAGGGAAAUGGCAGCCAGACUGGGUGCAACCACAGAUGUACUUCGAGAGAAACUCACCAACAACAACGUUCACUGCAAUGAGAAGGAACAGAACAGAAACACUCCGAAAAAUGAAUCCGAAAAUAAACGAGUUGCCGAGGUAUUAGUAAGAAAGCUACGAAAAGACGAUAGAGAGGAUCAAGAAACCGUUGUUGAGUUGAGACUUGCUGUAACAGGCGGACAAGAUGCUGGAAAAUCAACGUUGCUAGGAGUGCUGACACAAGGUGAGCUGGAUAAUGGAAGGGGAAGAGCACGUUUGAAUAUGUUUCGUCAUCUGCACGAAAUUAGAACAGGACGUACGUCAUCAAUAUCCCAUGAGAUAAUUGGCUUUGAUAGCGAAGGUCACGUACUCAACUAUGCUGAGAUGAACACUGCGGAAGAGAUUUGUGAACAAGCUUCCAAAGUUGUGACAUUCAUCGAUUUGGCUGGUCAUCGCAAAUAUUUGAGAACAACAUUGCUGGGACUUACAGGCUAUUGUCCACAUCAUGUGAUGCUGGUUAUAGCACCGCCGAUGAAUGAGGCUUUCCAAGAACAUCUGGCUUUGUGCCUUGCUCUGAGACUACCACUUUUUGUUGUUAUAACCAAAACUGACCUUGGCCUCUGUGACGCCCGGGAUGCUUUGGCUCAACUUGAGAGUACUGUGAGAGCUCAUGGCUGUUCUAAACAACCAGUUCUGUAUUCUGUUCCUGAUAGUAACAGCAAUGCGCGUCAAGGCUAUGAUUUGGAAACGAUUCCUGUAUUUCCUGUGAGUUGUGUGACGGGGGAAGGCCUGAAAGAACUCACCUCAUUCAUCAGAGAUUUGUUACCUUCUGAAUCCACUCCUCCAGAUUCAGAUCCCGAAUCGUGUUUGUUUCAAAUUGACGAAACAUUUAGAGUGGUGGGACUGAGUGAGCCAGUUCUAGGCGGCUUGCUGGUAAGGGGGAUUAUUGCACCUGGGACUCCGCUGCUGGUCGGACCAUUGCCAGAUGGUGAAUUUAGUCCUGUCAAAGUGGCUAGUUUGCAUAGAAACAAAGCCCCUUGUUGUCUAGUUCGAGCAUCGCAGAGUGCAAGUCUAACUAUUGCACCCCCAACUGCCAGAGACCCACCAUUGCCCCACCUUCGACCUGGAAUGGUUCUUGUCUCACCUCGAGAUCAUCCGUGUGCGACAUUUUUCUUCCAGGCCACCGUUUUGGUUGUCUAUCACGCAACAGCGAUAUAUCCCGGAUUUCAAGCAACCGUACACGUCGGGAACGUGCGUCAAACGUGCGCGAUAGAAGGAAUAAUGGAUUUGAAAGAAGAGGGACUGCAGACUAAUAAUACUGCAUCAGUUCUGUUCAGAUUUGUUGGCCACCCGGAAUAUCUCCAUGUCGGAAUGCGACUACUGUUUAGGGAGGGGCGCACAAAAGGCAUUGGCCAAAUCACCCAAAUAUUCCCACUCAUUGGAUCUCAGAAUAGUCCGCAAUAAAUCAAGUACAUUAUUAUUUUUACUGUGUGUUUAAGAAAAUUAUAAGUAUAAUUACCAAUCAACAUAUUUACAAAAAUACGUAGCAAACUGUGACAAGCACAUGGAGUAGAACCAAAGGUAUUCCACUAAAUCGAAGGUUUUCCGCGAUAAAACAAUCAAAUUUUCAUUAAAACCAUGCAAUCUCGGUUGGCAGAAAUAAAGUCAUAUAACUUUUUUAAUUUUCGAAAAUGCUUAGACCAAGUUACAUUAUUUGUACGGACAAUGGGUUAGACAGUUGAUAUGUAUCCAUUUCUGAGGAUUUCACCGCCACUGGUUAUUGUAAUGUUUGGGGAGAAAGAAGGCAGUAUUUUUGUCGAUUUUCAAUGAGGUUCUACGGUCGUUUUUCUUAGCAAAUGAGAUUAUGUUUUGAAAACCAGGCAAAAAUGUUUCUAGUUCUAGUUCUAAAUUGGUAUGUUUUAAUAUUUAUUUAUCACCUUGUAGGUAUACUUUUACCGCAUUGGGUAAUAAGUUGCGCGUGAUUGGUCCGUAUGACCACCCUUAUAACUUGAUGAUCAAGCUAUGAUGUGUGAGAAUUAUUGAAAAUGACUCUAUAAAUCUUCUAAGGGGAUUUCAAUAUAAAUUAUUUGAAUGGCUGAGCCAAAAAGCAAGGCUAUAAGGCUGAUGAGUGACAGUUGGCCAAACUUAUAGCUGUGUUUGUAUAUAUAAUAGUUAUAUCGUAAUUACAGAAAAUUCUGUAUUACUAGUUAAUACCACAUUUUUAAUGUUGAGUGUUAGAUAAGUGUAUCCCUUUCGUCUUUUCUUUUUCAGAAAGAACAUCUUGACCUUACUUUCAAGUAUAAUCCUCUGUGCUCUAAUCUCUUUAUAUAAUAGUUUCACGUUAACCUCGAAUUGAAAUAGUGAUUGCCUGAAAAAAAAUAUAUAUAUAUAUUUUUAAUCAAAAAAGUAUAAACAGUGUGGACAAAACUAUUUACUUUGCCUACCCCGUGUGAAAUUGCGCAUGGAAAAUUAAAUGAACGAAUAAAAUGUUUAAUAUAUGUUUUAGUAAAGACGUAAAAAAUUAAACGCAACUCCAUAUUCUGCAACAUGAAAGUGCUAAUUUGGUUUAUAAAAUACUGUAGCUCUGUCAGAGGUUGUAGGAAAAAUAGUUAUGCGGGAUAUAGUAUUAAAAAUCCGCAUUGCUAUUCUGGUAUUAUUAAGUAUAAAUUGAGCACCAUUCUGUUGUCAUUUUAAGCAAACGUCGUUUUUGACAUCAACGCCAAAAACUGUACAGAUCUAUAUCGUAUGUAUACAUAUUUACAGAAUAGAAUAAUAUCACUGUGCAUUUCAACACGGCUGAGAUGGAGUUCGAUUAACUCAGGGGAGAAUCACCA